AUUCAGUUGCAUUAGUUGUGUUCAUGGACUCACAACAACUACUCAAUAACAUUAAUUCAACUUGAAUUUCAACCUUAAUAUUUACUCUUUUCUUAGACUCUAAUCUUUUUAGGUUACUUUUUUUCCUAUUUUUUGCCUCUUCUUCUUAUUACCGUUUUAUUGUUGAUGUUUUAUCGUUAACCAAUCAAACAGAGAGUAAAUUGUCAUCGCUAUAGCCAUCAUUAUCAUCAUCAUCACUAUCAACAUUAUUGUCUCUAUUCAAUAGUCUGGAUUACAUUUUACUAAUUAAACAUUCCCUUGUUUCCCUUAAAUUCAAUUGUUGACUUGUGACUUGCCUUUUGCAUUGCUUUAACCAUCUCUCUACAGUCGUUAUUAUAUGUGUGUGUUCAUUGAUUACCAAAAAGCCAUUUAACCAUUGACAAAGCAACAUGACAUCAACGUCCAUUGAUAUUUUAGACGAGGAAACAUGUGAUUUUUAUUAUGGCAGCAUUUCCCGUGAAACAGCGGAAUACAUUUUAUGGGAUAAAGGAUGCCUUGAUUCAAUGUUUCUCAUUCGUAAAUCAAAUUCUGAUUACGUUCUUUCAUUGUGCUACCAGAAAAGCAUCCUUCACUAUCGUAUAUCUUACCUUGGAAAUGGUGAGGUUAUGUUACACGGUUUAGAGGCUCAAAAGUUUUCCUCCAUUGAACACCUUUUAGAAGGUGUUGAAGGACUUGCCAUUAAACCCGGUUUACCCUGUGAACGUUCAUCAGGCUGGCAAUUGCCACCCACCUAUUGGGGAUUAACAGUUAGUGAAAUACGUUCAUCGAUAAUAAAAAAAUCCCAUGAAUGGGGCUUUACCGAAGCACUGGUCACUUUUCCCAUUGAAUACCUUUCACUGGGCAACGAUGACUAUAAUCGCUGCAUCUUGACCGAAGUAACUAAAUCAUUAAUUAACAAAACUCUACACGAAAUUCAACCCUGGUUCCAUGGAAGGUUAACCCGACUUGAGGCUGAAAAAAGUCUCGAUGAAAGUGGACACAAGGAGGGAAAAUUUCUAGUCCGUGAAAGAGAUGAAUCAAGUUAUGCAUUAUGCGUUAGCCACGAAGGAACCGCUAAACACUAUCGAAUUGAUAUACUUUCUUCUGGAGAGCUGGCGAUCCAAGACGGACACAAGUUUCCUUCAAUAAUGUCGCUUGUUAGCCAUUAUACUGUUUUCACUGAUGGUUUAUGGACCUCAUUAGGUGAACCUUGUCCUCACUUGAUUAACCCCAAUCAAGCAUAUUCAACUAAUGGUGAUCUUAUUUUGCAAAACACCUUGAGACACAAUGUUGUCAUUAGUGCCAAUAAUGUUGCCAAUAAUCAAAUGAUUGGUGUAAGCGGACUAACAUGUAGACACAAUUGUCCCCAACAGCAACAACAAUAUCAACUGCACCAACAUCACGUUCAACAACAAGGCUGUUUGGUGCAACCUCAAGCCCAUCAACAUCAAAGUGCAAACUUUUACCGUUCCAUGUCAACCGAACGAAAUCGCAACCUUCUCAACACUCAAUCACGGAUGCGACAACCGACUUCAAGCAUUAAAUUGAAAGACUGGUUAUCCAACAUCAACCACAAAUGGAGCCAACUGAUAUCAGCAGUAACACCCAAAAAUGAACCAAAUGAGACCAACCGUCGAGCUCAUCAUUUCUCAACCUUGCCUCGUAACCAUCUUAACCAUCAUCACCAUCAGCAUCAUAAUCAUUCCGUCAACCAUUCCAAUUCCCAGUCAAACCGAUUCAACCUCAACCCUCAGCAUUUCAAUGUUCACCAAGUACUUCAUUCAACACAACCUCAUUCCAACCACCAUCUAAUUAAUCAACAAUCAAUCUAUGAUUAUGCAAUUAACGGUCAUCAAAAUUCAUUAAACUUUCGCUCACUCAAUGUGGAAAUAAACUCACCCUGGAUUAAUCGAAAUCACAAUUUUCUGUUGAACCGAGUUCAUUCAAAUGGAGCUAAUCCCAAUGGGCACAAUGAGAUUGUUACAGAAUCAAAUCAUUAUCAUGAAACUGAUUUGUUUCCAAAAAAUUUCACUUCUCUAAAUGAGAGUAAAAACGGCGAUAAUGGUGACAAUUGUUUUAAUUUAACCUUUUCUAACCAAUUGAUUGACAAUUCAAAAAGUUUGGUAAACAAUUUGACAACCUUUAUACCUUCAGUUGAGGGUAAAAUUGCCAAAAGUGGUUCCAAUAAUGGUACUUCAGGACCUUACCUUGUAAAUGGUUUAAUCAAAUCAUCCAGUUUGGAAGAUGUUUAUUCAACUUCAACUCUUUUAAUCUCACCCUUUCAUGAAGAUGAACAGGCAAAGAAUAAUGUUUAUCUGGAGAAAGAGGAAAAUGAUGCUGAUCAAGUUAAUAAUGGUGAUGAUGAUAAUGAUGAUAAAAAUAAAGAUAAAGAUAAUAAUAUUAAUGAUAAUCAUUUAUCUUCGUCUUGCUCGUCUUUUUCUUCAUCCAUUUUAAUGCCACCAAUUCCAGUGCCUAGAAAGAGUAAACCUUUACUUGGCUUGGUUCAUCCAAUGGUUCAAUAUGCUAAUCAUGAGAUAAUUAAACUGUACCGUGAACCAAGCAAGGCAAGUAAAGCUGAAUCAAGGAGAAAAGAUGAGAAUGAUGAGAAUGAUAAAGAUAAAUCAAAUGAUGAUUCAAAGUGUAAUGAGGCGCCAUUAACUUCACUCAAUGAUAAUGAAUGUAAAGUUAAUGAGAAUCCAAGUGAUUUGUUGUUGUUUGAUGAGAUUUUGGUAAACAAUGGAAACAAUGAUAAAGAAGAUAAUUUACAGCGCUCUUGUAAUCAACAGAUUAAAACUUUAAUCGAAUUGAUUACCGAUGGUUAUUUUAAUCAAACUUUCAAGGGUUCCCAUUGGCCGACCACACCUAAUGAUAUCAAAGUUUCAAAUGUGAUCAAUUCGAGUUCAACUGGAAAUCAAUCGGUUGACUCUACUGUGAUUAGUAGUACAACUUCAUCUGCACCCUUUUCAUCGACCGUAUCAUCUUCAUCUUGUGAUAAAAAAUGCCUUAACACUUUGUAUGCCUGUAAAACUGUAGAAAAUAGUAAUUCCGUUUGCCGUCCAACUGAAUCAUUCAGUGCACCCGUUUCGAGUGAGGCACCAAAUGAACCUGUAAAUAAUUCAGAGCAAAGUGAAAAUUCAACACUUUUGUCAAGUAAACCCGUUUCAAUGGAAUCAAAAGAAGUGGAAAAGGUUGAAAAUUCAAUUGAUUCAGGCCGUCUGGUUGGGUUGUCUGGUGACAGGGAAAACAGUGAUAAUCCCAAUUAUGAGGAAAUUAAUGAAGAACUGAUGAAGGAAAUUGAAGCAACUCGACCUUCGAUUGAAGUUUUACGUGAAUUUGAUUCGUGUUUCCAUUCAAGUGAGGCUGACAAGAGACGGGCAAGUGAACCUGCAAUUUGUGCAGCAACAUCACUCUCUUCAACAUCAACCGUUCCACCUGAUGAGGGUCUCUACAAUAGACCGGAGCUUGUUAAAAAGGCCAACAAACGUGCAACUUUGGAAAGGUCACAGACUACUGCGACGCAUUGGACAUCAGUUGACGCUUCUGGUAUGAUACCGAUGUACGAUUAUGAUGCAUUAAAGUUUGAUCGAGAUUUCAUCGUAAAGGAAGCAUCGCUUGGUUUGUCAAGUCUUGAUCCAAGCCAAUCAGGCUCACAAGUUAAGCUCAACAAGCUUGAUCUAAUUUGCCUUGAGGAAGAUCCGGAAGAAGUGAAUAAAAGUUUAACCCGUUAUAGACAAGGACCGAUAUCACUUGAUCCAAAGUUUAUAACACUUCAGAAACCUUUAGGAAAUGGUUAUUUCGGUGAAGUCUUUCUAGGAACCAUUCCAUCUUCCAGUGGAUGUGCCUCGAUCCAGGUUGCUGUUAAAGUACUCAAACUGAAGGCGAUUCCGAAUCACAAGAGUGAAAUUUUACGUGAAGCUCAAACCAUGUCAGCCUUGGAUCACAAGCACAUUGUUCGCUUGAUAGGCGUCUGUGAAGCCGAUCCAAUCAUGAUAGUCAUGGAACUGGCACCAUUGGGACCAUUAAAUCAAUACCUGAUUGACCAUGGAUUUGGAGUGACCAUUAAAGACAUCAUUGCCUUGUUGCUCCAAGUGGCCAUGGCAAUGCAAUACCUUGAGAGUAAACAGUUUAUCCAUCGUGACUUGGCAGCUCGUAAUGUGCUUUUGGUCAAUGAAAAGUUUGCCAAAGUAAGUGACUUUGGCAUGUCAAGAGCCCUCGGCAUCGGCAAAGAGUAUUACAAGGCUAAAAGUGCAUCCAAAUGGCCAUUAAAAUGGUAUGCUCCUGAGUGUAUUUAUUAUUUCAAAUUCAGCACCAAAUCUGAUGUCUGGUCUUAUGGUGUAACCAUGUGGGAAUCUUUAUCUUAUGGACAGAAACCAUAUGAGGGAAUGGAUGGCCAAGAUAUAUUAAGAUUAUUCCGAGAGAAUCGACGUCUUCCAAAGCCUGAUAAUUGUCCCCAAGAAAUAUACCAGCUUAUGUGGAAAUGUUGGCAAUUUAGACCUGAAGAUCGUCCAACAUUUGCUGAAAUAUGUCAAACCAUGACAACCUAUUUUCUGUGCUCAAAUAUUUAAUGUAAAACAAGCCUGACAUUGGGAACAAUUAAGAGCCUUUAAAGGGUGAAAUAUGAUGUGGAUGAAGGUAACAAUAAAUAAAUGGUGAAACAAGAAGCAAGAAAAAUAUCAAUUGUUAAAGCUGAUGAUAACAAUGGUUGGAUAACAUCUGAUGAAGAGAUCGUGAAACUGGAUAAAAUGUACAAGAAAUGAACCUUUCCUUGUAUUACCAUCUUUAAUCAUGUUUGUUGUGGCCUGAUUGAACCAAAGGAAAAUGUCGUUAUGUUGAUGGCAAAAACCACAUCAUUAACCAUUGAGGAGAAGAACCUUGUUUUAAUUACAUUUGUUGUUAAUGAUGAUUUUGAUCAGAUGAUAAUUUAUAUGUUUAACUUGAUACCUUUUCUUUUUGUAUCCUGAUGAUGACAACAAUUAAAGUUGCCAAUUACAUUGCCAUCAAUCAUGUGAAGCUAAAAAAUUAGGUUGA